GCGGAGCGGGGCUGGGCUGGCGGCGGCGGCGCGCGUGGCUGCGGGGGGGGCAGCAGCCGGCUCGCUCGCUAUGCAUGCGCCGCGGGCCCUGCUCUCCGCCGCCUGCCUCGCCUGCUGCUUCUUCUGGGGGGAGCUGCCGGGCUGCCAGCAGGCCGCCAUCGAGCCGCCGGACCCGGCCCGGGCCCCGCACAGCAGCAGCCGCCGCCAGGGCUUGAAGGCGCCCGCCCGCCUCCUGGAGCCGCCCGACUACAUGCUGGCCCUCUACCGGACCUCCGCGCUGGCCCACAAGCUGCGCAUCAACGCCAGCCUCCUGCACGCCUCCCGCGCCGCCAACACCGUCACCAGCUUCGUGGACCGCGGGCGAGACGAUCUCUCGCCCACCGCCUUAAGGAGACAGAAAUAUUUGUUUGAUGUAUCGACUCUCUCAGACAAAGAGGAGCUGAUGGGAGCCGAACUGAGGCUCUUCCGCAGAGCCCCCGGCCAUCAUUUCUCCAAGGCUCAGACAGGCCUGGCCCGCUUGCAGCUGUCGCUUUGCCACUCGGGUCGCCUCCUGGACUCCAGGACCCUGGAGCUGCACAAGGCGCCCGGCAGCUGGGAAGUGUUCGACGUGUGGCAGGCUUUGCUGCAACACCAGCCCUGGAAGCGGCAGCGCCCCCGUCCGCUGUGCUUGGAGCUGCGAGUCGUCGAGGGGCCUCGAACUGCCCAGCAGCAGUGGCUGGACCUGCGCGCCAUGGGCCUGGGACGAAGCGCGCGGGCGCAGCAGGAGAAGGCGCUGCUGGUGGUUUUCACCAAGUCGAGGGGGAAGAACCUCUUCGCGGAGUUACGCGAGGAGCGAGAGAGUCAGGAGAAAGAGCCGGUGCCCAGCCCGGCGUCGCCCGCGGCUGCAAGUUGGCAGCAGCGCCAGACCCGUCGCCAAAGGCGCACGGCCUAUCACAACCGGCACGGCAAGCGGCACGGCAAGAAAGCCCGGCUGCGCUGCAGUAAAAAGGCCCUGCACGUGAACUUCAAGGAGCUGGGCUGGGACGACUGGAUUAUCGCCCCCUUGGAGUACGAAGCCUACCACUGCGAGGGCGUGUGCGACUUCCCCUUGCGCUCGCACCUCGAGCCCACGAACCAUGCCAUUAUCCAGACGCUCAUGAACUCCAUGGACCCGGGCUCCACCCCGCCCAGCUGCUGCGUGCCCACCAAGCUGACCCCCAUCAGCAUCCUCUACACCGACGCCGGCAACAACGUCGUGUACAAGCAGUACGAGGACAUGGUGGUGGAGUCCUGCGGCUGCAGGUAGCGCCACCCGCACCGCUCGCCUCCCCACUGGGGAAGGGGAAAGCCAACCAGCGGCGGGCAGACAGAGCGCGCCGGACCGACUCGACGAGGCCCGCACCCUGCAGGGAGAGCGCAGCCGCGGGGCAGAGACGCGGGCGCGCGCCGGGAGAGGCCGCCUAUGGAAGCCUUUGCCAGAGAAGGCGCGCGCCUCGACGGAGAACUCGCGCGGGGUGCGGGCCGAGAAGGGGGGGUAGCAACAAAUGCGCCUGCGCCCUAUUUCCCUCCCCCCGCUGUCCAAUUGUGUCGAUAGUUUAGGCUCCUCCUCCUGGGGAAUAUUGUCAAAGAGGGAGGCAGGAGGCUCGGGCUGCUUGAAAGGUUCCUACGUGCUUUACGUCCUCCUGGCAGGAACUUGCAUUGACGAGCGGGCGGCUUUAAAUAAGCUAAAGCUGGCGAAUCCCUUCCUCUUAUGGGAUGAGGCGGGGCGUUUGGCGCCAACCCGGGCGCGCGUGCGCCUCAGCCAGGAGAGAGGGGGUUCCCGUAAGGCGCGCGUUGCUUAGAGUGGAGGAAGGCUGGUUGGACCUCAGGGUGUGGUUACUCUCAGCUCACAAGUGAUACAAAGGAAGGAGCCGUCGCCUGACUUCAGGGCAUAACCCCGUGCCUGUUGCACACAAGGCAGAGGCGAAAUAUGUGCUGAAGCACGUGGAGUGGUGCAAGAGGCGCGGGAGCCCGGAGCAAGGGCUUUUUUGUAGCCAGUUAGAAGCCGCUUCCAGGCUCCUUCGCUUUCAACAUGUCAAUUCCGGGUGCCCAUGGCGGGUGGGGACGUGGGGUGGGGGGGGGAGGAAGACCACUGUGUGAUUUUCCCUCCCCAGGACAGCACCUCAGCAUUGUAGCGAAUAGUAAGAGGCAGGUGAGGAGGGUCAGUGCAGGUUUAGUGGUCGUUUAGAGAGGGGACGCUGAUGCGCGCGCACCCCCAUCCCCUGCUGCAUUUGUGGAUUCCAGGGUGCGCGCCAAGAAGGGGAGAGGGUCGCCCACUUCUAUUCCGGCCUUUAAUCCUUUUCGUGCCAUCCACUGGAGUGUGUUUCGGGGAGAAGAACUCACCUGUUCGGCCACAGGCCUAUAUUAUGGCUAGAGAAGCACUCAGACGGGAGGGCAGCAGCAAAAACGAAGGCAAAAGGCAUCCAUUUCAGUGCUGAGUUAGUUUGUUCUCAGCAUUAUCUCAGAAUCUAGACGCCCUUGAAGGGAAGGAGUGGGGGAGAGCGCGCGCGCAAGGGCGGAACGCUUUCCUUCACAAAAGCCUAUUUUCCUUUCUAGACUCCUUCAAGAGGGCCAGCCUAAAAAUAGCCUGAGCAACCCUCCUCCGCACGCACAAAGCAGGAUUGCAGGUUGUAAUUAUCAGCGAGGUUGGGCUUUAAAUCCUGGUAAUGAAAAGCUGAGCGAAGAGUCAAGUGCUACAAAGUGUGCGUGCACCCAGCGCAGAAGUGGGUGCAGAUGGGCUUGGGAGCAUCUUUUAAUUUGAAGGGAGCCUCCUGGAAGCUAAUAAACUUUAGACAAGGCAGGGGAGAGAAACACGCACCUCUGCAAAGGGCUGCAUGAUUACUGUGUGUGCAGACGUUAAGCUGAAAAUUGAAAAAGCACAUCGCUGAACACUACAGUGCCUGCCUUCCCUGCUUUCUAUGGAUAUGACUUUACAUGAAGAAAAUGCACUUCUAAGCAUUCCUGAGAUCCAUUAGGAGUUUCCUCCCCUCUAGUGAAUUCUUAGAGCUUUUCAGACUAUCUGAUUUCAUAGAGCUGCAAAAUGGCUGGGGGGAAAAGAAUGGAUGUAAUAAUAAAUAAUAAAAUAAUAAUAUAAAAAUGCUAAUAAUAAAGCAAAGCCUUGGCCAGGAGCAAUAAAUUAAAAUGCACAUUUUUUUUGGUUUGGUUCGGAUGCACUGUUGUUCGUAUUGAAGCUGUAAAUAUUUGUUUAUUUAAACAGACUGAGAAGUGCAAAAAAUGGAGGGGAACAACAUGCAUUUCUGUUUUUCUUAAUGUCCAGAACAUUUUAUGCACUCAUAUCGUUUAAAAGUCUAAUGUUUUUUUUUAAAAAUAAAUGUUAUAUUUGAGUUGUACAGGUUGAAGCAUUAAUCACGUAUUUCAUUUUGUAUGUAAUGAUAUCAUUUUCUUUUAAAAUGUUAUGCGAAGAUAGAAUGGAGAAUUCAUAUUUUAUUGUCUACCUCACUGCAUUGUAAAGCCACAGUUCUGCCGGAAGGCUUUGCAUAUUCUGCUCCAUUAAUUUCAACGAGGGUUGUGCAGGAGACUGCAUUUGCUAGGUUGUACCCCAAAUAUUUACAACUCUGACUUCACCUGAGCUAAAUUUAAUAUCCAGGACAUUUUUACAGGACACUUUUAUUAGUUAAUACUAAAUGUAUUAACUGUAUUAUUAAACAUUUUCCCCCAAAGCACCAGCUGCUUUUUACGCUCUGUUAUGGGUUAACUGGUAAUAUUAUCGUAACUGAAGGUUGACCAUAAUUCUGAAAUGUUUGUCAGCUUGAAACAUGAACUGCUUAUAAAAUCUAAUUUUCAACUCCCUUGCUUUACACCAUUCUUAGUGGCAACAUUAAGAGACAUAAGGACAAUAUUAGAGUGGAAUCUUUAUUAUGAAUUUGCCAACUUUCACCUAAUAGGGAAAUAUCAAUAAACAAGAAAAAAAUGUGAAAAUCAUUGAUUAAAAAAUUAUAUUCUG